CGGUAAGUUUGAAAAGAUUGAUUUUCGACCAGUUAGAUUCGACAACGAUGGCGGAUGAUGGCAUCGCGGCGGCGGAGAUUGCUAGACAGAUUGCGGCGCUGAAGCCACGCGUAGAGGGGUCCAGGGGCGUCAUGGGGUAUCUGGACAAACCCCAAAGCGACAAACGAGCGGAUGUGAACAAGACGUUUCUAGCCAGCACUAUCCGAGGUGUGAACUCCCACAACCGGCGGCAGGAGGAGGACAAGUGCUGGACGCUGCAGCGGAUGGAACGCAAGCUGGACGAGGCGAAAGACCGACGAACCGACAGUCGAAGCCGCAGUCGCAAUAGAAGAAGAUCAGACGAGAGAAAACGGCAACGCAGGCCCAGCAGAAGUCGGAGUCGUAGUCGAAGUCGCUCGAGACAUCGCAGACGGAGUCGAAGCAGGAGCAGGAGCAGGCACAGCUCCAGACGCAGCCGUAGUCGCGAUCGUAGCCCUGUUGCUGAGGUUGAGGAGGAUGAACGCAGCUAUUGGGCUCGAAAAAAGGCCGACAAGACUCGCAAGCUCUGGGAAAACUUACACUCGGAAGGCACCGUGUCUGUAGACAACGCACCCGACUUCAGUUCCGAAGAAUCUGAUGACGAAGAUGUCAAACCUAAACAAGUGAAGGCACCACCUUCACCUGAUUGCAAUGAGAAGAAACAAAAGAAGCACAAGAAGCACAAGAAACGUGACCGAAAGAGCAACAAGAAGCCGAAGAAACGGCAUAGCCGUUCGUGAAUUUCUUCAUGACAUUGACGAGUGUAAGACUCCUCACGACUAAACGGCAGCACUUGCGAGCUUUAAUCUAAGAAGAAGCCCCCUACAAGUCUGCUGCUUGCUCUAGUUCCAUGUCGACACCGCCUGGUAUGUUGCGAAGAUCAUGGUGAAGAUACCCAGUGCAAUGACGGCGUUGUUUAAGGCACGACCGUCAUUCACCAGCUUCGAGUGGAACAGACACGGGUAGAUGAAGGCCAGCGGCACAGAGCAGAAGCCUCCAAUAAGCGCCACAAAGUUGUCCAGCUCCUCUUUGCCGAAGUACGCGAUAGUAGCAGUAAGGCACACAAGCGCAAAUCGGAAGCCAUUCUUCUCCCAGCGCCAAUAUCCUUUCUGGCUGUGGUGAGGGAACAGAUAACCUUCUAAGAUCUUCACCACCGGGUACAACAUGAGCGGGUACGUGAACACAAGCGCGAGCGAGUACGUGAGCUGUACAGACAUGGUAGCAAUACUGUCUUGGGCGCUGGGAAGGUUGAGAGUGACGACGGACUGCGUCUCCUGGCCAAACGCGGCGUACACAAGUCCAGCAAACACCGAGAAGAGCGUCACGAGGAACAGCAUGGUCAAAGAGACGAUCCGCGGGAACUUGUGCUUGAUAUCAUCGUCCAUAGCGUCGUAGAUUGGGAGUACUAGUCCAAUGCCUUCGAAGCAGUAGACAGCUGUGCCCAGCAGCAUGGCCCAGCUCGUCGAAUUGAAGUUUUCCCACGUCGCACUGCCAACUGGCGCGUCAUCCAGCGUGUGCACCGUAUAAGAGAUGAUGUAGACGAUGCCAAACAGGAUAAGCAGAUCUGCGAACAGGUUCGUAAGCGCGAAGUAUUCGAUGCGACGCACCCACGACAGCGGCGUGUACAACAAGAUCUGGAGCAUGAUGAGCGUCAAUGAUGACGACGCCGUGGUUCUCUGGAUACCGAAGGCGGCUAAGAUGACCUCUCCGAUGUUUUUCUCCACGAAGAUCAAGUACGAGCAACAGAAUCCAAUCUGCGAGAGCACGAGCGAGAUGUUCACAGCCACGCGGCCUACUUUACCGAAGGCCUUUUCACCCACAAGACCGUACGACACGUUGGUGCGACCACCGCGGAGCAACACGUUGGAACAGUCCGUCAGACGUAGCAUACAGAAGGUAGACAAGAUGGCUGAAGCACAUAAUGCAGCCAACGAGAAGAGCAUGCCGCCGUUCUGGAAACCCUUGGGCAGGAACAGGAUGCCACUGCCAAUAAAUGACUUGAGGAUCGUGAAGACGGUUUUGCCGACGGUGGCACCAGGUUGCUGCUUCUCGGGCCUUCGCUUCCAUGCGCGACUCAACAGCGGCGUCGCAGUCUCCUACAGAGCAAGAAAUAUUCAGUCAGGCAACUGUUGCAGCACAUCUGCUGUGUCAUCUGGCCAUUGCCGCGUACAUCCGUGUCGUCGUCGUCUGCAAGGCCCAGAUUGGCGACGAUGAAGUCUCCGUAUGCGGAUUCUAGGAAGCCUGGCGUGGGUUGGAUGGACUCAAGGAACGAGUCCUGCACGUAUGAUGGUACGUGUGGACUGUUGCCUCCCAAAUUGGUGAUCACGUGGUCGCGGCGGAAUCCUCCGGGCUGCGCAAUGUCCGAUGCCUUGCCUGUUUAGUAGCAAUAAAGUACCAAUUAGCGCCAAAUAGCACCGUUUGCAGCUCGUAUCUGCUAAACGUACCGAUAUCCUCGUGUAAUAUAUCGCUCUGAUCCGGCAGUGACUUCGGACGCGGGGGUCCGUCCUGCGUCUCCUUGAGGAUGGCGAAGAAGAUGUCCCGCGUCAUGUCCGAGCCUUCC